GGCGCAGGCGCAGUGAGGGGACGGGUGGCGCUGAGGCGGCUUUGCCUCCUGAGGGAGGGAAGAGAGUUGGGCCGCGGUGGCGGCGGCCUGACUGGGGACAGCGGCCAUGGCCUUCACUUUGUAUUCGCUGCUGCAGGCGGCGCUGCUGGUUGUCAACGCCAUCGCGGUGCUGCAUGAAGAGCGUUUCCUCCGUAGGAUUGGCUGGGGAACAGACCAAGGGAUUGGAGGGUUUGGAGAGGACCCAGGAAUUAAAGGACAAUUAAUGAACCUUAUCCGAUCUGUACGAACCGUUAUGAGAGUGCCAUUGAUUGGGGUGAACACCGUUACAAUUGUCUUGCUUUUGUUGUUUGGUUGAAGACAGCCUUUUCAGAGCAACUUGAUGAGCAUCCGGAACAAGCAGGCUGCAGACCAACUGGUGUUGUGUUCAAUGGGAUCCAGUCGGAUUUAGCUGUGGAAACCACUCCCUUUUCUCAAUAAAGUCACCCUUUGUAUUUA